AUGUUUUCUAAUAGGACACCAGUGUUAAACGCAUUGUCCCGCAGACUAUUUUCCUUCAAAACAUUACCCACCCCCAACCCUAACGCUCUUAAAUUUAUCUCACCUGAAUGCCAGAUCUCACCCAUUCCCAACAAGACCUUUGAAUUCACUUCCACAUUACAAGCCAUACAUUCCCCUUUGGCGUUGAAGUUGUUCAAGGUGGAAGGUAUCAGGUCAGUCAUGUUGGGUCACGAUUUUUUGACUGUCAACAAACUAGACCACAUCAAUUGGGCUAACUUGAGACCAGAGGUGGUAGAAUUGAUGGAUAACUUCUUGACCUCCAAGAAGGAGCCAGUGAUAACUCGCGAAUUGAUUGAACAAAGUGCCAAGGAAUCCACUGCGGCUGAGGAGGCCGACUCUGAGAUUGUUUCCAUGAUCAAAGAAUUAAUCGAAACUAGAAUUAGACCUGCCAUUCAAGACGAUGGUGGAGACAUCGAAUAUAAAGGUUUCGAUGAAGAAACUGGAUCUGUAUUCUUGAAGUUGCAAGGUGCCUGCAAAACCUGUUCAUCGAGUGAAGACACAUUAAAGCAUGGUAUUGAAUCGAUGUUGAUGCACUACAUUGAGGAAGUCAAAGAGGUAGUCCAAAUCUUGGACCCAGAGGAAGAGAUUGCAUUGAAAGAGUUUGACAGAUUGGAGCAACAGUUAGAGUUGAAACGCUCUCGUCAAGCAGAAUCUGCUCCUCCAUCUCUUUAA